AAGCGUCUCUCUGUAAUCUGUUUUAGAAGGUUGAAGGCACAUCAAAGCCCAAGCCUAUGUUGAGCAGCCCUGAUAUAUAUCAUCUGGACGAGGAAGGAAUUACCCCUCUUUUGGAGCUUCCCUUUUAUGACUUGUUGCUCUCGAAAGUUCAUGUGGGACCUACAUAUCAUAUGAGCUUUCCACCGAGUUUGGAUUCCAAACUACCUUCUACUACAGUCCUGGCGAUCAUAAAAUGCUUUGGCAAAACAUGGGAGUUAAAAUUCUGUGGGGAUAUGACACCAAAAUGCUUUGAUUCGAGUUGGAGAAAGUUUGUGGAUGAUAACAAUCUAGUGGUUGGUGAUGCACUAAUUUUUGAGCUCCUGGAAAGCAGUUCUGUAAAAGUUAUGUUUAAAGUUCAAUUUCUAAGCUGCGCAAUUCCACCAGAACUGCAAGAACAGAUAAAUAAGAGUAGAGCUGAACGUCAAGCAAUCAUUAUCGAUGACGAGUAGGAUAUCGAAUGGUUUCUGAUUGAGAACUAUUUGUUGAAAAUUUGGAAUAUUGAAUAAGAUUUGGUGUUUCAAACUCUUCUGUCUGUCAUGUCUUUGUGGUUUUUUAUUAGCUUGAUCUCUACCAUUCAUAGUUACAAUGUUGUUCUUAUACUCCUAUAAAUUCUGUUACUUUUGGAGUAAUAUCAAUUUUGUCAUUGCAUAUCAGCUGAAAGAGAACACAAAGAUGGGAAUUCAG